CCAAGUGAACGACUAACAAGUCAAGCCAAGUAAAUGUUGUCAGGAAUUGGACCAUUUCUUCAACCACUAAUAUUCAUGUCUUUGUUGUGUUUCUUUAUCAUUUUUUAAGUUGCAGGCAGAAGAGAGAGAGGAAGAGGAAGGGGGAGAUCUUUCUCUUUUCUCUCUGUUUAUGAAAAACACCACUUGAACUUGCAAAAUAAAAAAACUAGAAAUGGAAGUCAAAGACUCUAAAAAUGAAAUUGAGAGGAGCAAAGUUGGAAUCAUGAGAGCUCUUGUUGAAAGAGAAGAUCCCUCUGCUAAGGAAGUUGAUGAUUUGAUGAUUCGGAGAUUUCUGCGAGCUCGUGAUUUGGAUAUUGAGAAGGCUUCUACCUUGUUUUUGAAGUGCCUGAGCUGGAAGCGGGCAUUUGUUCCUAAUGGCUUUAUAUCGGAAUCUGAGGUUACAACUCAACUCUCCCAUAAAAAGUUCUGUAUGCAAGGUCAUGAUAAGAAGGGACGCCCUAUAGUCGUAGGCUUUGGUGGCAGACACAAACCUGAUGAAGGGAGUAUAGAGGAAUUCAAGCGUUUUGUUGUCUACUGUCUGGAAAGAAUAUGUGCCAAAAUGCCACAGGGGCAGGAAAAGUUUGUGGCCAUUGGGGAUCUUGAUGGAUGGGGAUAUGCCUGCAGUGACAUUAGGGGAUACUUGGCUUGCUUAUCAAUCUUGCAGGAUUGCUAUCCAGAGAGACUAGGCAAAUUAUAUAUAGUACACGCGCCUUACAUAUUCAUGACUGUGUGGAAGGUUGUUUACCCAUUUAUCGACAAAAACACCAAAAAGAAGAUAGUAUUUGUUGAGAAGAAAAAAAUGAAGUCCACUCUGCUUGAAGACAUUGAUGAGAGCCAGCUUCCUGAUAUAUAUGGAGGCAAACUGCCAUUAGUCUAUAUACAAGACGGCUAAUUUGGUGACACCACAUCUUGAGAAGUUUUUAUGGCUACUCAAUAAUUUGAUGCUUACAUGACAUUAUAAUAAAAGUUCAAAUAAGAAUUCUGUUUGACAUUGUACUAAUAUCGCCUUCAAAUUUUGAUUAGGGAUCAAGAUUGUGCACUCGUAUGUCUUCUUUUUACUCAUUUUAACAUACUAUGUUAUCAUAUUGAUAUUACAUAUGUCAAAUUCUGAUGGGAGUAAUGCCAUUUCUAC